AAUAUGAAGUUGCUAGAGUUAAUAGUGUCAGUAUUGUUUCUAUCUUUUGUUCUUUGAAAUAAUGCUCAUCUGGAACAGCUCAGAUUUUCUCGAGGAUAUGAUUCAAUCACAGUCGAUAUUUCUGAAGGUUAUCUCAAGGAUUAUCAAGAGAAUAAUAAUCUACUUAAAAAUAACUUGCAUCAGAAUGGUUUAAAGAGAGAUUCAAUUGAAUUUUUGCCAGAUCCGCCAGGAGAGAAUAAAGGAGACCGAACGAAAUGAUACUUAGCUGGAUCACUCGAGGGAAAGGAAGAGGGAUAUGUAAAAGUAGCAGAGUCUAUUCUUUUCAAUUAUAUGGAUGGACAGAGUCAAAUUGAUGGAUAUAACCUCCCUGAUGAUGUACUUGAUUUUAUAAAAACUCAGUUAAAAUGGUUGAAAAAGCAGAGCAAAAAUCAUCUUUCAAAAGUUGAGCUAAAAAAAGAUAAGCUAUUCUUUAAAGAUACAGAAGAUCUUAUUGAUAAAGAAACUCAAUUUUGGCUCUCUGUAAACUGAGUGCUCUUAAUGGUUAGAGGGAUGUAUGACUCCUUUGUUGAAAAUGGUUCAACCAUUACUCUAGAUCAAUUCCUAACCUUGCCUUAUAUGGCUGAUAUGGAAGAUCUAUUAAACAAAUUUGAUUUCCAGAACGGACACCCAGAAAGAGUAAAGAAAAAGAAUAUGGGAGAUUGCACUAUCAUCGUCAAAGAUAUCAACAACGAAGAGGAAGACGACUUGUACAUUGCUCACAACACCCAUAACACGUACUCGAUUAUGCUUAGACUUUUUAAAAGCGUCACAAUAGAAUGGGAUGAAUACUCUGACUUCAUGAAGGCAAAAACUAUGAGAUUUUCAAGCCGAUAUGGAGGUAUAGCCAGCAAAGAUGACUUUUAUGCUCUGGACAGUGGCAUUGUUGCGAUGGAAUCUUCUAUUCUGAUUUAUAACAACGAACUAUACAAAAGAAUUUAUCCAGAAUCAGUCCCAUAUUUUGUAAGCGUGACUGUGGCUAACUGGAUGUCAAAUACUAAUGAAGAAUGGAUAGACAAUUAUUUAAAUCAUUAUGGAGGUACUCAUAUUGCCCAAUGGGUGUUAAUAGACACAAAGAAAGAAAAAUAUUCUCCUGGCUCAAUUAAUGUUCUUGAUGCCAUUAUGGGAGACAGCGAAGCAUUUGAUGUAUCUAAAGAAUUUAAAGCUAAAGGAUAUUGGGGUGGAUAUAAUGUUCCUUUCUCUCAAAGAAUCUUAGAAGAAUGUCAUUACGAUCCCGUCAAUCAUGGCUACAACACAGAUGAAAGAGCUAGAAUAAUUGCAAGCAAAAUUGGAGAGGCAAAUACUCCAGAGUCUAUAAGAUCUCUAAUAAGGUAUAACGGAAACCCAAGCGCACCUUGUGGAAGUAUCUCUCCAAGAUGCGAUCUUUCUGAAAAAGGAGGAUCUGCAUUUGGAGCAAUUGAUUCAAAAUAUACUCAAGCAACUUGGAUAAAGAACGGAAGCAUUAAAGUACUAGGGGUUGGAGCUCCAACGUGGAACAUUGAAGAAGGAUUUCCUCCGUUCAAAUUUAGUGGACGCUACAAAGAUGUUCCUCAUAGAGAAACUCCAGAAGAACUAUCUUUUGGAUGGCAUGAAAUAUUCAGCUCCAAUAAAGAGCCAUAUUCUAAUUAAGGCUAUUUGCUCGGUUUCAAGAUCACGAGAUCCAAAAAGUGUU